ACAUGUUUUCCGUGACUCUGCGGUAUGCUAAGCCGAAGAUCUAUAAUUUCGCGGAGCUUUUGGAGUGUUUGAUAACGGCAACUGUAGGAUGCCCGCCAAACGCCAGUAGUUAAAGCUGCGCUGCCGCUGCCAAGAGCGAAUACAUGGGGCGUAUAACGAGUUUCCGACCCCUUGCCGGCUGAUCAAGCGAAAGAGCUGAAGCUGAGUGACGUGUUCCACGAGUUACACCUAGGCGUUCCACGUUGGCGUUCUUCUUCUCUGCCUUCAACGCUUCAUAUCACGAAAGCUCCAGCAGCCGACGUGUUAGACUCGUAGACCUGCUUUUCGACGACGGUCUACAACACUCCCAACUGUUUUUAUACAAAACACCUGGUGAAAAUGCAGAGGCGGAAACCUGCGUGUCAGAUAAUAGAUGGAGUUCCGAGGUGCGUGAAUGUGAACCCCGAUUUAUUAAGAGAAGGUCCCAGGUUCAGAGCAAAGAAAGGAGACGUCGUGCUCACAACGUUUCCGAAGAGUGGAACGCAUUGGCUCAUGUACAUCACGCAGUUCCUUCUCAGAAAUGGAGAAGAGAUGACAACGUACCAGGAAUUCACCAAAGAAUGGCGCUUCCUGGAGUACACGGACAUCAAGGACUUCAGAUCGUCUCUACCCCUGAGGACCUUCGCUACACACUUGUUGUUGACAAGCGAGAUAUAACGGAGGAAGCUAAGUACGUCUACCUCGCGCGCAAUCCGUGGGACGUGUGCGUCUCCUUCUACCACAUGAUGACCAACAUGAGCACUUUCGACUUCCGAGAGGGAACGUUCGAAGAUUUCGUCGACACAUUUUUAAGGGGCAAUUUCGGCUACGGUGACUACUUCGAACACGUGGCUUGGGGCUAUGCUCUGAGGGAGAAACCGAACGUACUCUUCCUGACUUACGAGGAGCUAAAGAAAAACACCCGCAAGGUUGUGCUGAGGCUGGCGUAUUUCUUGGGGGAGUGGUGCGGUCACUGUUUGGAGGAAGAUGAAAUCUUACUCCAAAAACUUCUCGAGAAAUUGCAGCCAGAGUAUAUGCGCAACGUGGUGGUGGUUGACCUGAAAGGUGAUGGUAACCCCCAAUGGGACGUUGCACUUUCGCGCUGAGGUCACCUGCAUAGAAGGUCACGAAGGAGACAAGCACAGGUACGCGCUCGUCAGAACUGGCAAAACCGGAAGCUGGAAGGAAUACUUCACGGCCGAUCUCUUAAGAAAAAUGGAGAAUAGAAUUCUGGAGGCGGAGAAGCAAUCUUCUUGUAUGUGCUUGUGGAAAGACAUUCGAGCCGAAGCAAUCAGAGCUAUACAGAAUGCCCAAUAAACACACCUUGUGUGGCACAUUUA